AUUCAUGCCAAAAUAUUACGGAGCCAUAUCUCUUUAAUUUGGAGGCGGUUAUUCUUAUAAUUCAUCUGAUAGAUACCGCAUUGUUUGUAUAUUUUAGCAACUUAUAGUCACAAAUGUUCGUUUAUAAUAUGUUUUAUACCAUUUAUAAACUGUUAGUCCUGUAUCAACCGAUAAAGAGGAAAUUAUAAAUCUUAUAGCUUUUGUUUUUUCCUACUCUAUUAGUAAGAGUCGUGUGAAUGUCCCUGUUUCAUAAGAAUCUCUAAAUGAUUGCUACUAUAUAAUAUCUUGUAAUAUAUCUAGGUAAUUAAAUUACAGAUGACAACGUUGACGUCUGACUGGAAUGAUGACAAUGUUGACGAAGGGUCUAAAAGGAUAGUUGGUGAAGUUCAACUAAGAAAAUAUGGGCUAUUCUUAGAAGAUUACGCGGGACAAUUGCAAGAAAUAGAGGAUGCAUUAGGAGAUCAUAUAGGAAAUAAUUGGGAUGAAAUAUUAGAUCCAAUUGGCCUUAAUUGGUCACCUGUUGAACAUAUUAGCCUCAUUAGCUUAGUACAAACAGAUAAUAAAGUCUUGAACAAGGUCGUAACUGUUUUAGCAGCAAUGUGUGGAGAAAUAGAUUUCUUAGUAAAAGAAGCCGAAAAGAAGUUCUAUAAUACGCUCUUAGUAUACGGUGAAGGUAAACAUGAAUCAGACGACGGAGAGGCUCAAAUCCAAAUGGGUAGAAUGAUUCCUUUUUUGCAGGAACUAUCAUCUUUCAUUAAACGCUGCUACGAUAUUAUGAAGUAUACCUUACAACAAAUAGGUGCAUUAUACAAUGGUGCUAGAGUAUCUGUUAUGACUGUUUCUGCCGUACACUUUCAGCUUGUCUUCGAACAUGUUGGGUCACUUUUAAGAUGUUUAAUAACAUUGGACGAAAUUAUUGAAAGCCAAACGAUCCUAAAAGACCAUUGGGUUCUCUACAUAAGGAUGAUAAAGUCAAUAAAACGAAAUCCAUCAGAAUUUAAAGUUGAAAUUCGCAACGUAAAACCAUUUGAUAAAUUACUAUCGAAUCUUGAAAGCUGUAUAUUUAGCGGAACGAUUUUCACGACUGCAAUCAGUCAAUGUUUCGAUUCUAAUGGGAUUAAUGUUACUAAAAAUACUGCUUUCAUGGAAGAAUUUACUGGAGUUUUAAAAGCUUUAUCACAAACGAUUGAAGCUAAAUUAGGCAAAUCAGUUGAAACUGAUCAAAGAUUGAAAUUAGUUGAACUCGCCGGUUUGUACGCUCUCUAUUACGAGUUAUACAGACAACCGGAGAAAAAAGCUUUUAAAUUGAUUUGGGAUGCUUACAAACUUAUUCCUUCAGUCACUCUAGUUGCUAAUGUUUCCUGGUAUCCUAAUGAAUUUCUACUACUUAAGAUACCUGAUUUACAAAAAAUAAUUGAUAAAAAAGCAAAAUUAGCAGUAGUUACUUCCAGACAAAAUUGGCUUCAAAACAAAUUGCAAACACUACCAAAGGAAAUUCAAGCUCUAAGAGCCCAACUUUCUGCUUGGAUAGUUAAGAUGAACAACGAGACUGAAGCUACACAAAACAAUCCAUUGGCAUCAAAGCUAGAUCAGAAAUACUUAUUGUUCACUCAGGGUUUAGUUUUUAUUUGGUUAAUGAACAAUUUGGCAAGAGAUAUAAUUAAUAUAUUUGUUAAUUUACAAAAAUCAAUACCGAAGCAGUGCAUUAUACAACUCUGCCGACUUUUCGAAAUGAUACAAGCGGCAAAAGCAAUGUUUCACAGAAGAAAUAUGCUCUUAUCGCAAGUUGGCAAUCAUAUGAUACAACACUUUACAUACAUUGCACUAACCGUACUUGUUGAUGCAAAACAAAGUUUUGUCUCUGAUAAGAAAUAUACAGAACAAAGAUUAGACGUAGUAUCGUCUAUUGUUUUGGCUGAAAACGUUCUGAAAGGAACUCCAUCUAAACAACGAAGAGAUAUUGCCAAAUUAGCACUUUCUGUUGCUUGCAGAAUGAGAGUGUUUAAAGAAGAAUACUAUCCAGCAAUAGAGACAGCAUUGCAUAAAAUAAAAAUGCUUGUUGAAUUAACUGACAGAAUAAAGCAAGGAAGUGAUUGUAGUUAUCUUUAUUGGCAUUGUGACUUUUUGAAUACAUACUUUCAAGAUAUGUUUGAACAAGCAACGGCAGUUCAUAAUAUUCAUUAUAUGUUUGGAUCACUUUCCGAUUGUGUUCUUCCUUUAAAAUCUGCAAAGCAUGUUGAAGAUCCUAAUUCUCUAUUGAAACUUUACGAAAAGAGCGUUAUAAAUUAUUUAGAAGAGAAUUUAAUGAAAAAAGUCUGCUCAGCAAUUGAAACUGAUUUAAGAUUACAAACUCAUUUACAUUUACAAUUGGACGAUAUGAAUCCUUUCAGAGUUGGCCUAAAAGACCUAUCAGUCUUCGUUCGACUAAUGCCCAUUAGAUUUAUGGAUAGACUUAUUAGUAUAAAAACCUACGUUGAACAUUAUCUAAAUACUACAUUCUAUAAUUUAACAACAAUCGCCUUGCACGAUUGGAAAACCUAUGCUGAUAUGAAAAAUUUAGCCUAUCAACGAUACAAUUUAAAUCUUAUAGAAACCUAUCUUCCUAGUCAAACUCUGGAACAGGGUUUAGACGUAUUAGAAAUUAUGAGAAAUAUACACGUAUUUGUUUCGAGUUACGCGUAUAAUCUAAAUAAUCAGAUUUUUGUUGAAAAGAAUAGUAAUAAUAAGCAUUUAAAUACAAUAAAUAUAAGGCACAUUGCUAAUUCUAUAAGAACUCACGGUACUGGAAUUAUGAAUACAACGAUUAAUUUUACUUAUCAAUUCUUACGAAAGAAAUUUUUUACAUUCUCACAAUUUAUGUACGAUGAACAUAUAAAAUCUAGGCUGAUAAAAGAUUGGCGCUACUUUAAAGAAAAUCAUUUAAAUAAUGACCAAACCUAUCCAUUUGAAAGAGCCGAAAAAUUUAACAAGGGAAUAAGAAAACUAGGUUUAUCAAAGGAUGGUUUGAGUUAUUUAGAUCAAUUUAGACUGUUGAUAACCCAAAUUGGUAAUGCUAUGGGAUAUAUAAGAAUGAUACGAUCAGGAGGUCUACAUUGCUGUAGUAGUGCCAUCUCUUUUAUUCCCGAUUUAGAAGAUAUUGUUAACUUUGAAGAAUUUGUUAAGGAAGAUAACCUGUCGACAGAAACUCAAAAAGCUGCUAAAAUCGUUGAUGUAGUAAUUGAAAAUUUGACAAAAAACUUUUCAGAAGGAACCGAAUAUUUCAAGAUGCUCGUUGAUGUGUUUGCACCUGAGUUUAGAAGUACAAAAAACAAACAUUUAUCAAAUUUUUUUGUGAUUGUACCACCUUUGGCUUUAAAUUAUGUUGAGAACUCUAUAAGUUGUAAAGAGAAACUAUCAAAGAAGAAUAAGGAAGGAGCUGCCUUUACAGAUGACGGAUUCGCCAUGGGGGUAGCUUAUAUAUUGAAACUUUUAAAUCAAUAUUCUGAAUUCGACUCCCUUCAUUGGUUUUCUGGUGUUCGUUCUAAAUAUACUCAGGAAAAGCAACAAAUUCAAGAAAAGUUACGUACAGGAAAAAUCGAAGAAUCUUUAAAGCAAACCUAUACUUUGACAUUAAAACGAUUGGAUGUCUAUCAGCAAGAGUUCGAUUUGCUAUACUAUUCACAUAGUAGUGCCAGAAUUUUCUUUGGAGCUGAUAUGGACAAGGAUGAGAAAAAAAUGCCAUUGUUCAUUAGUGGACGAGAAUAUUCCGAAACAACCGUAGAAUCUAUAAGUGCUUUCUACGAAGAAUAUUCAUCAUUGAGAAAAGCAGCUGAUGAAUUUACUUCUCAAGACCAAUUUGUCGUAAAACCGAAUAAUUUACUAUAUGUUUGUCAAGCAGAAUACGCUACAAUUAUCCCAAAUGAACAGAUUAAAUUUGUUGGAUCGUCUGAUGCAACAACGUGUCAUAUAUUUACUAUAAGACAUACGGGUAGUGGUAUAACAGGUUUUUCUCAUUUAGAUGGAAAUUCUACUAAAAAGAUAAUCAACAUUUUAAUAAGUAGUGUCUCGAACUUAUCAAAAGGUUACCCAGAUGGCAGAUUAGAAUGUUAUAUUGUGGGCGGCUUUCUAGAUGGCACGAAUUCAUCAGCAAAUCUCUCUAUGAGUAUUAUUGAUUCUCUAAGCAAGUCGACAGAGAACAUCUACCUAGAACUCUGCGCUGUAACACCUUUAAAUGAUUGUAUCAAAGAUGAAAUCCAUUAUCCAAUAGUGUACGGUGCAUUUGUGGACUUGAAAAGUGGGAAGAUAAUGCCGGCAACUUUUCAAAAUAAAGAACCAGAUAUUGAUCUUAGAACAGCUAAGCAUUUCAAAGUGCAUACACCAGCGAAUAUUUACAACACGGAAACUGGUGAAAUGAUUAUUGAUCCUUUUUCCUGGAGUACAGAUGACAGCUUAAUACGUGUAUUAUCAUGGCCAAAAAAAUGUAUUAGACGUUAUUUAUCAACUAGUCCCAAUCAAGAACUUCCUGACUUUGAAGAUCAUAUCCUACGUGGUGUAAAGAUUUUAUUAAAAUCACCAAAUGAAAUCUUUCCAAAUCAACAAUCAAGAAAAUAUCAAAUGGUUAAUGACUUAUGGAAAUUACAAGAUUAA